AUGGAAGAAGAUACUGUGCAGCAGCACAAUGUCAUCGUACGGUUCUUCAAAACGCUGUGGCGCAUCAUCUGGGAAAUAUGGCUGGAUCCAUUUCUUCUCUGGGCCAACUUGUACGAGCCUGCAGACCGCACGUACGGCCGCUGGGACAUCCCCUUUAGUCCUAUGGAAAAGCGCUUGCACGCAAACCCUGAUGUGACGGUCAACUUUUACAAGGUAAUGAUGCCUAACAACAAAGACUGGGUCUGGUACCAGGUAUGGGAAGACAAACUCGCGCAGCGUGCGACGGGGCGCGUUGCCGACAUGGUCUUUUGUCACGGCACCGGUGUGCAUUCUGGAACACUUGCAUCACACUCGCGCCGCUACCUGGACGCUGGCUACCGGCUGAUCGUGCCCGACUUGCCCUCGCACGGGUACUCGACAGGCACGCAUGUUUACCAGCGCAAAAUGAUCGGCUACGUAUCCGGUGUGCAUCAAGUCAUUGUCGACGUUGCCCGGCGCGAUGACGAGCAGAGCGGAAUGCGCAUCCCCAAGCAGGAACGCCGCAAGACGUUCUUGCUUGGUCUCUCCUUUGGUGGACUUGUCGCCAUUCUCUACCCGAUCUACUACCCCGCCUCGGUACGCGACUCCACCACCGACAUGGACGAAGUUCCGGUCGACGGUGUGGUUGCUGUGGGUCCGAUUGUGAACUGGUCGCGCAAUGAUGUCAAGACCCCGAUACUUAUGUACAUUGUCGGCUAUUUUGUGAGCAUCUUCCACGCGAGCCGGAUGGAGCUUUUCGUGCCGCACAAAAAGGCGGUGGACAAGGACCCCAAGGUGUACAAGCAGCUCAUCGAUACAGACAAGCGCUCGCACCGUGGCGCGUUCCGCGUGGGCCACCUGUUUUGUAUUCGCGACGCGGUCGAAGACACGCUGAAGUACGGACCCGACUUUACCAUGCCGAUCUACAUCCAACAUGGACUGCAGGAUAGGGUCGUCGAGGUGGGCUCUUCGGUCAAUUUCCUGCGUCUCAUCGCCUCCAAAGACAAGAAGAUGACUGUGUACCCCGUCUGCCAGCACGUCAUCUACCGCAAGGCCAAAACCGAGGAAGAGGACGCCGCCGGGCGCAUCGCCGUGCUCGAGGACAAUAUCGAGUGGAUGAAUGCGCGGUGCCCAGGCCACGGUCAUAUCGACCGUGGUGUGUCGUUCUCUUCCGAGUACGACAUUGGUCAGCAAGACACCAGUGGUCUCGGCACGCCCAUCGACCCGAAGCUUGCAAAGCCCGACGCGGUCGUGACGGAGACGAUCAGUAAACUGACCGGCGAGGCCAAUGCUAGGUCCAGUGCCGUUCUCGAGAAGACGGGUCUUGUCGACCGUACGAACAAGAAAGACAAGCGGCGGAACAAGACGCGCCCGACGGCCGAAGACGAGGACUGGUCGGAUAUUAAGCGUGUGUACCGGGAGGAGUGGCAGUGCGGAGAAGAGUACCGUCCGUUCGACCUUAUUAUUUAG